AUGCCGUCAGAGUCAGACCCCGCCCUGGGGCACCCCGACACAGACGGCGUCCCAGGGUCAAAGACGUCGUCAGAGUCAGACCCUGACCCGGGGAACCCCGACACAGACGGCGUCCCAGAGUCAAAGACGCCGUCAGAGUCAGACCCCGACCCGGGACACCCCGACACGGACCGCGUCCCAGGGUCAAAGACGCCGUCAGAGUCAGACCCCGCCCUGGGACACCCACACACGGACGGCGUCCCAGAGUCAAAGACGCCGUCAGAGUCAGACCCUGACCCGGGGCACCCCGACACGGACCGAGACGGUGUCCCAGGGUCAAAGACGCGUCAGAGUCAGACCCCGACCCGGGACACCCCGACACGGACGGCGUCCCAGGGUCAAAGACGCCGUCAGAGUCAGACCCCGACCCGGGACACCCCGACACGGACGGCGUCCCAGGGUCAAAGACGCCAGUCAAAAAUGCCGUCAGAGUCAGACCCCGACCCGGGGCACCCCGACACGGACCCAGACGGCCUCCCAGGGUCAAAGACGCCGUCAGAGUCAGACCCCGACCCGGGACACCCCGACACGGACGGCGUCCCAGAGUCAAAGACACCGUCAGAGUCAGACCCCGCCCUGGGGCACCCCGACACGGACGGCGUCCCAGGGUCAAAGACGCCGUCAGAGUCAGACCCUGACCCGGGGAACCCCGACACGGACGGCGUCCCAGAGUCAAAGACGCCAUCAGAGUCAGACCCCGACCCGGGACCCCGACACAGACCGCGUCCCAGAAAGACACCAUCAGAGUCAGACCACGCCCUGGGACACCCCGACAUGGUCCCAGAGUCAAACACGCCGUCAGAGUCAGACCCGGCCCUGGGACACCCUGACACGGACCGCGCCCCAGAGUCAAAGAUGCCGUCAGAGUCAGACCCCGCCCUGGGGCACCCCGACACAGACGGCGUCCCAGGGUCAAAGACGCCGUCAGAGUCAGACCCUGACCCGGGGAACCCCGACACAGACGGCGUCCCAGAGUCAAAGACACCGUCAGAGUCAGACCCCGACCCGGGACACCCCGACACAGACGGCGCCCCAGAGUCAAAGACGCCGUCAGAGUUAGACCCCGACCCGGGACACCCCGACACGGACCGUGUCCCAGGGUCAAAGACGCCAUCAGAAUCAGACCCCGACCCGGGACACCCCGACACAGACGGCGUCCCAGAGUCAAAGACGCCGUCAGAGUCAGACCCCGCCCUGGGACACCCCGACACGGACGGCGUCCCAGAGUCAAAGACGCCGUCAGAGUCAGACCCCGAUCCGGGACACCCCGACACGGACGGCGUCCCAGGGUCAAAGACGCCGACACAGUCAGACCCCGCCCUGGGGCACCCCGACACGGUCCCAGAGUCAAAGACGCCGUCAGAGUCAGACCCCGACCCGGGACACCACGACACGGACGGCGUCCCAGAGUCAAAGACACCGUCACAGUCAGACCCCGCCCUGGGACACCCCGACACGGACCUCGUUCCAGAGUCAAAGACGCCGUCAGAGUCAGACCCCGACCCGGGGCACCCCGACAUGGACCGCGUCCCAGGGUCAAAGACGCCGACACAGUCAGACCCCGCCCUGGGACACCCGAAACAGACAGCGUCCCAGAAAGACACCAUGAGAGCUGCUGUCCCCAAGGGCUUCUCAGGGAAGGAGCGAGAGGAAGAGGCUACAGGCCAGAAGUCGGGGAAAUUUCUGGACAGCCGAAGGGACGGGCCACACUUCCCUGCCAAGGAAAGGGCCAAGAUGUUACAUAAAGUUAAAAACCAGUGUGCAGCCCAAACCCCAAGACGAGCCAGCGCUGAACCCUCACUGAAGGCGCGGGGGGCCCUGCUGCCCGGCACAGUGGCGGGAGCAAAACUUCUUGGCUCCCAGCUCGUGCACGUCAGCCAGGGACCAGAACUGACGAUCGACUGGCCCGAGGUGAUGCGCCUGCUGCAAGGCGGGAGGACUAGAGCGCGGCUCGUCACCGCAGCAGGGCUGAGCGUCCACACCCCACUGCAAGCCCCGCCGCUCCGGGACCUGGCUGAGCACGAAGUUCGGAGUGGGGUCAGCGGCAGGGCCCGCUCCUUCGCGGGAGGACACAUUCCCCCUCGGUAG